UAUGGAUUUGGGUUCAGGGGCCAAAUUGAUCCUUUAGCAAAAGAAAAAAAGAAAAGGAAAAGAAAACAUACGCAAGAGUUAUUAAGAGCUCUCUGGUACCCUUUGCUUACAGAAUCUCCAUUGUUCGAAACACUACUUUGCAAUGGCUAAUUGUUCCGACACCCUCUCGGUAAAACAACCCAUAACUCACGUCAUCUUCGACAUGGAUGGCCUCUUACUCGACACGGAGAAAUUCUAUACUGAAGUCCAGGAAAUAAUACUCGCUAGAUACAAUAAAUCUUUUGAUUGGUCUCUCAAGGCUAAAAUGAUGGGGAAGAAAGCAAUUGAAGCAGCUCGUAUUUUCGUCGAGGAGACUGGGAUUAGUGACUCUCUUUCUGCUGAGGACUUUCUCGUUGAAAGAGAGGAGAUGCUGCGUAGCUUGUUUCCGACUAGUGAGCUCAUGCCAGGAGCCAGGCGGUUGAUCAGGCAUCUCCAUGCAAAAGGAAUACCAAUUGCCUUGGCCACUGGAUCUCACAGGAGGCAUUUUGAAUUGAAAACACAGAAACACGGUGAGCUUUUCUCCUUGAUGCAUCAUUUUGUACUUGGAGAUGAUCCAGAAGUUAAACAGGGAAAGCCAUCACCAGAUGUAUUUCUUGCUGCAGCCAGGAGAUUUGAGGGUGGCCCAGUAGAUCCAGAGAAGAUCCUUGUUUUUGAAGAUGCACCCUCAGGUGUUCUUGCAGCCAAGAAUGCUGGAAUGCAUGUAAUAAUGGUUCCAGAUCCAAGAUUGGAUAGCUCUUAUCAUGACACUGCAGACCAAGUUUUGAGCUCCUUACUGGAUUUCAACCCAAGUUACUGGGGCCUGCCUUCAUUCGAAAACUUAGAGAGCUAAAUUUGCAAUUUUUUUUUUCAUCAUUCUUAUGCCUUGCACGUUGCAAAAAAUUAGUAAUAAUAAUGUUAAGUUGGAAAUACAAUUAUUAACCAGAUUAGUUAAAAUGUUAAAUUUAAGAAAAAUAAAUAUAUUUAAAUGUGUUUAUUUGCAUUAUA